AUGGGCAACAUCUUUGCCAUACGCCCAGGUACCGCCACAGACAAGGCGCCGAUUGGCAUGGGGAGUCAUAUGGAUACGCAACCAGCGGGUGGAAGAUAUGACGGCAUCUUGGGUGUUCAGUCCGCCCUAGAAGUCCUCCGCACGUUGCACGAAAACAACGUCCAAACCCACCACCCCCUCGCCUUGAUAAACUGGACAAAUGAAGAGGGCGCGCGUUUCCCUGGUGCAAUGAUGGCAUCUGGUGUCUGGAGCACGCACUGUAGCACGGACUUGUCUACAUGCCAUGCUCUCCGCGACACCGACGGUGUAUCCAUGAAAGACGCUUUACACUCCACCGGCUACCUCGGCCCAACGCCCUGCGACUACCGCGAGAAUAGUCUUUCCGCGCAUUUCGAACUGCACAUUGAGCAAGGUCCAAAACUAGAGCGCCUAGGGUCCGACAUAGGUAUCGUGACAAGCGUACAAGGAAUGAAAUGGUUCGACAUCCGCGUUACAGGCCGAGAAGGCCAUUCUGGUACGACGCCUAUGGAAACAAGAGCUGAUGCUUUGGUAACAGCUGCGCGGAUGAUCACUGCUGUAAGGGACACUGCCUUGCAUAGCGGUUGUGGUGUAGCUACCGUUGGUGUCAUCAGCAGUGAUACGAGUUCGCAAGCUACUAUACCCGCUGGCGUGAGAUUCGUGGUAGAUAUCAGAUGUGAUACUGAUCUUCUCGUCGAGGAACUCUCCGAAUCCAUAUUACGGGAAUUCGAUACGAUCAUCAAAGAGGAGGACAAUGCGACGGCAUAUCACGUAGAGCGUACAUGGGGAUUACCGGAAUCGAAAUUCCACCAAGAUUGUAUCGACGCUGUGGAAUGGGCGGCGGUAGAUUUAGUGUCUGAAAUGGACACUUCACUGAUGAAGAGUAGAGCAGGACAUGACAGUGCGUGGACGAGCAGAGUGUGUCCUACGGCUAUGAUAUUUGUGCCAAGUAAAGGCGGGAUAAGUCACAAUCCCGAGGAGUACACGAGUCCUGAGCAUUGCGCGUUGGGAGCCCAGGUCCUGCUUGACGCGGUGCUGAAGUAUGACAGGGAGGUUGGGCGAGAAAGAGGCUAG